UGCUCUGCAGAGAGGGAGCGCUGUGCUGUGGGGAGAGGACAACAGGCAGAGGCAGAGAGUAUGAUCCCAGUAAAGCGAAUGUGAGGGAGCUGUGAGGCUGACCGUGCUCUAGGCCAUCAAUCACCUGGACCAUUGCUAGUCCUGUCUGUUUUAGUGCACAAGAGUGGGGGGGGCAGGGUGGGAUAGGAGGGACAGAGAGAAGGAGAGAGGGAAGGAGCACGGGCAGGGAAAGAAUGGCGACAGAUCGGGCUACGUGCCCUCCCCCGGUGCUGUUGCUGCUGGGCGCAGUGGCUGUGCUGCUCUCCCAUUACAUCCUUGAUGUGGCUUCCCAGAUCCCCGACCCGGAGCUUUUACCUACAGAUCCACCUCCGAAACCAGAUCCCCUCACAUCAGAGACUGUAGUGUUCUGGGGUCUACGGUUAUGGCAGGUUAUUGGGAUCUUUUCCAUGUUCAUCCUUGCCAUUGUGAUCACACUCUGCUGCAUCUUCAAAUGUCGAAUUCCUCGCACGAAAAAAGAGAUUGAGGCGCGAAGUGCCCAAAGAGAAGCGGCGAAGUCCUACGCCGACACACUGGAGACAGUUCCUCCGCUCAGCGAUCUCACAGAGAUACCAACCACUGCCACCUCGGAUGCUCCUGCUCUCUCCACCGUCUCUGAGCAGGUACAGGCUCGGAGUGCCAGCCAGCUACCUGUGGUCAGAGAGGAGGAGGACGAAAUUACUAAUCCCAUCAACCAAGCGGAGAUGGGAUAGCACUUUCCCCCGCUGUGGCUGUCUCUUUCCUGCUCUUCCUCUGUCACAACACUGUCUGUGCAGUCUCCCGGUAGCGUGGGAGUCGUCUCCCUAAAAUGACAUCUGCUCGUGUGUGCACCUCUGCUCGGAACUAGCCUGUACAGACUUUAGUGGAAUUGUUCUGCUAUCUCAUUUCAUGUCUUUGAAUUAACAUGACAGAAUGUACGCCCUACCUAAAUCCCUACCUUUGAAGUCUCAGCCACAAGUGAUGUGCCUUUAAGAGGCUUCUCUGUCAGUAAUGUAGCAUUGCCAUUAGGUGGGUUUGCCCUUCCUUGCCUCAUCUUGCCUCGUGUCUGUAAGAGAGAUGAAAUGUUUGCCAUUUUUUGCAGUUUUAUAUUUAAAAUCAAGCCCCACACAGCAUGAAUAGCUUUUAGGAGGUCUGAAAUGCUUUUGAAAUAUGGAAAAACAUACCUCAAAGUAUAAUGAUAUAUAAUAUAUAUA